AUGCUAAUUCUCGGUUUGACAGGUGGCAUAGCCACUGGUAAGACGGCAGCAAGUGAAUAUUUCAAGACGCAAGGCAUUCCAAUCGUUGAUGCCGAUAAAAUUGCUCGUCUUGUUGUUGAACCUGAUCAACCAGCUUACAAUCUAGUUUUAAAGCAUUUCGGUCAUAUGAACAUUCUCGAAUCGAAUAGUCGGAGAAUCGAUCGGAAACGUUUAGGCGAGAUUAUCUUCGGUAAUGAUCAGUUGCGUAGACAACUAAAUCAAUGUACACAUGGUUUUAUUCGUCGGGAAGCACUCAAACAAAUAAUCGAACAUUUCUUUCAAUUCCAUUCUUUGAUUAUUUGGGAUGUACCGCUGUUAUUCGAAGUUGGUCUUGAUAGAUAUCUAUCGCAUACAUUAGUGAUUUGUUGCGAUGAAUCGUUGCAAUUAGAACGUUUGAAACGACGCGACAAUAUUCAAGAUGACCAACAAGCAUUACAACGUAUAAAUGCACAAAUGAAUAUAAAGGAAAAAUGCCGACGAGCGCGUUAUGUUAUCGAUAAUAGUGAUACGAAGGAUGUUUUACACAAGCGAUUGCAAGCGUUUUUGUCAACAAUCCAACCGAGUCAAAUGUCUACAAUAGCAUGGUUUGUUGCACUUUUCAUACCUUUAUCUGUUGUUUAUGGGAUUCUUCGCUUGUGGGAUUUAUAUGAUCGAAGAAGUAAUCAACAAUAA